AUCGGAUCUUCAAGAGUCUACUCGAUCUCUACCCUCAGUUUGAUAUAAAUACCGAUGAUCCCACCUUCAAAGCUAUCUUUGUUUAUCAUUCCAGUUUCGCAAUCGUUGAUAUCACCUUCAAAAUGGAUAACUACAUGUACUACAACCCCAGCUACCCCACAAGUUACCCAGCAGGACCCUACAACACUCACCCAGCAGAACACAACGUCUACAUCUCCAACUACUUCAUCGGUAACACUACCCUAGAAGCUGCGGGGGGAGGUUACCCCAGUAUCUACCCCAGUCCUCCUCCUCCUCCCUACUCUGAAACAGAUCCCCACAACUCUUAUCUCUCACCUCAAGAAAAGGCUCACUAUGAUAAGUUUGAUCCUCUGUACCAACCAUCAGAGGAAGGUCAGUUCGAGUCUUGUUCUGAAAAGACUGGUGAUCCUGAGACUCCAGAACAAUCUGAUAGCGGAGCUUCUUUUAGAGACACAAUGUUUGGACCUGAGACUCAGUUUGAUGUUUGGAAGAAUGCUAAAGAGGAGCCAGUAGAUUUACCAGCGCCUUCUUCCUGUGUUUACAGUAACAACCUUGUGAAGUCAGAGGAAGCAAUCCCACGUUUGAUACCUAUCCCGAUCAGAACUGAUUAUGAGGAUAUAAAAGAGCUCAGUACACAUUAUAAAGAUAGAAAAGAUAACCAGAUAGCAGCUUACAACGCCACUCCCCAGAUCGCCCAGCAAGGUUACAACUACAACAACCACCAAGAAGCCAGCCUAGUUGACCAGAUCCAAGAAGCUCACUUACAAGGCAACCACAAGGGGGUAAUGGAGAUGAUAGCCACCAACUGUUUCUCCCCAAAACACCACGACACACUACAAGAGCUCUGGUUGUCAGCUGUGUACGGGUUCGCUAAACUCAGACGAGGCAAGCCUCCCAAUGCAGUGGACAGAUACAGACUGAGAAAGAAAUACCCCUUCCCAGCUACAGUAUGGGACGGUGAGAGGACCCUUUACUGCUACAAACAGAGCUCUAGAGAUCAGCUAGAAGACUUCUACAACAACAACAAAUACCCCACUCCUCUAGAGAAGAAGGAGUUGUCAGAGAGGUGUGAUCUGAGUUACAUGCAGGUGUGUAACUGGUUCAAGAAUAAGAGGAUGAGGGGUAAGGAACAAGUCUGCAGACAACAGAGAGGUUCGUAAUACUACCUAAAACUGCAGCUGUGCUCGUAUUAUCACUCCACCUUGAUCACUUAACUUAUUCCUGAUGACACUCUACCUUGAAUGAAGAACCCAGAUGAUGAUGAAGCUGUACGAAUAAUGCGGAGUUGAAAUUUUCUCGGAUCUAGAAGACAGAAGUGAUCGCUAAGAAGGAAAGGAAUCUCUCGUAAACCUUUUAAUCCACGAUUAUUUUAUGUUGUAUAAAUGUUUUCUUCGUACUAAAGCCGGAGUCACAAGUUUUAAUGCUCAUAAGUUAUUAAACGUAAACUCUUACAUGGUUUCAUCUAAUAGAAUUUUAUGGAUAUGUAUUAUCAUUGAUUAUGCAACGAUUUAAACCGUAUACUUUGAUUGGAUUAUGGAUAUGAAGGUUUACUUUAUUUGAUAGCAUAAAGCUUAAUGAUUUGUUAUAAUAUAUUCAUGAAAUGAUU